AUGAAUCAGGUAGAAAAUUUAAUUCAAUCCCUAAGCAAAAAAAAAAACAAAAAGAUUGUUGAAAAUUUUCUAUCAUCCUUACAAUGCCAUAUAUGUCAUGAACUUAUUAAUGUGCCAAUGAUGCUUACAUGUGGACACAUUUAUUGUUAUAUGUGUUUGAAAAAUUGGUUCAAGACUAAUGAGACAAGAAGAUUAGGUUGUCCAGACUGUAGAAAAGUAGCUGAAGUUGUACCUAUAUUCAAUGCAUUUUUAGAUAACCAAUUAAAAUUCAUAUUGGAUUUGAUAAUAAAUGAUAAUCAAUCUAAGAGUUCUGAAUGGGGAAAGCUAUUAUUAGAAAGAAAAGAAGAUGAAACUGUCUAUAAGAAUGAUAUAGCAAAGGACACAAUUUUCGCUAAUGUUUUUAAAAAUUCUACAUUAGCUAUAAUAGAUAUGGAUGAUGAUGGUAUCCCACGAUGUGGAAAUUGUCAUUGGGAAUUGGAUCCAGAUGAUAUGGACGAUGACGAGGGGGAGAAUUUAUGCCCACACUGUCAUUAUAGAAUUAGAAAUGACGUUAUCACUGGAGGGAACUCAGAAAAUGUUAUGAGCAACUCUGCCAGGAACAUUACAAAUAAUUUAAGAGGACAUGAAGAUGAAUACAGCGAAGGGGAAUAUGAAGAAAUCAUUGAUGAAAUACGAAGAUUUAGUGAUUCAGAUUUAGAAGAUGACAGUGAUGAGGAAGAAGAAAACGGUAAAACAAAUGAUAGAGGAAUAAGAAAAAGAAAAAGGAAAGAUAUAGGAGAACUAUAUGAUGAUGAAGCUAUAGAUGAAGAUUAUAAUAGUAGUAAUGAACAAAAAAAGGACAAAAAAAAAAAAAAAAAAGAAGAAGAAGAAGAAGAAGAAGAAGAAGAGCAUGAUUCUGAUCUAGAUUCAUUUGUUGCAAGUGACGAUGAAUUAAGUGAAGCUGAAGAGUCUAAAUCUAACAGAAAGAGAAGACACUCAAAAUUCAUUGAAGAUAAGAGCUCAGAGGAUAGUAAAAGAGAAUAUUCUAGUGACUAUAAUAGUGAUUUCUAUGAACAUAAUGAUGGGGAUGGGUUUGUAAGUGGUGACAGCUUAGAUGAUGGUAACAGCAUUGAGUCAAAUUCUGAUGAUCAUCAUACCCUCAGUAGCGAUAAUGAGGAGUUUGUUAGCUCCAGAAAAAGACUAAGGAAAGCACAAGUAAUGACAAGCGAUGAAGAAUAA